CGUCCUUCGCACCUGCUAGAACUUGUCGACGGCUGUGCGAUUGGAGGCGGUAACACAGUUGUGGUUUCUACUGGAAGUAAAAACGCAGAGGACCACGAUGAAACUCGAACAAACCAUCGCGCCCCGUUGUUCAAGAAAACAACCGAAGAGCUGCAAGACGAGGAAACACACCCAGAGCUCCAGCAGCACGAGUCUCUCGUGCCCGCCGAAGGCCCGGCACUUUCAACCAUGUCGCUGCAGAUGAUGAACGCCAAAAGCUCCGGGGGCGCACGACCACACAAAGCGCGGCCUGGCGCCACAUUGAUUCGCAUGCU